ACACACUCCCUAUUCUUGAACCGCAUUGAUUAUACGAUGAUUAAAUCGCCCAUCUCUUCUUACUUUUAGAUUUCCCGUUACAAAACAAAGAACCCAAUCCGAAAAAUGCGUGCUUUGAUGUGAUGUUCAAAACAGGGCUGAUUCGAGCUCCGCCGUUGCCGGAAGAUCUGCAGCUUCUGCUCUUCUUUAAUGGAGUAUUGCCGCCGUUAAUGGUCUUCUUGAACAGUAUUGAAGACACCGAGCGUGCUAAGAACGGCUCUGGCCUUGAUCCCUGUUUCGGGAAAGAUUCCGGCGGCGGCGGCGCCCGAACAGGGGGCUUUGGGUUGGGAGCGGAGCCGGUGGAUUUGCUUCUGGACAGGAAUUGCAGCGACCGGGCUAGGCCGUUUCCGGUGGAUUUACUUCGCCGGAAUUUCCAGAAAUGCUUCACCGGCGUCCCGGCGUAUUCCUCCUCCGGUUCUGGAUUCGCAGACAAGAGCUCCUUCAGCAUCUUCUUGCUCUGGUCGGCAUUGGCGGACGCCGAUGACGGCUGCCUGGGCGCGGCGCCGGCGGCGUUCUUGAUUUGGACGGGGAGGAUCUUGCCGUCGGCGAAAAUCUCGUCCGCCGGCGAUACUUCUUGGACGAACCCGGCGCGGAAGUCGAAGUCGAAGGUGGGUUCAAAGAGGAAAGGGUCGGCGGGGAGACAUCGGCGGUGGAGUUCGACGGGAACGGCGUCGGAUUCCCGGAGAUCGUGGGAGAAAGAGAUCCUCGGACUGGAGAAGGAAUUAUCAGAGCAUAAAACCACCGCCAUGGCUUCUAAGGAAAUGGGGACAGAGGAGAAGAGUUUUAUAUCUACCGUUUCAAACUCCGGCCGCCGCUCGCCGGAGAAGAAGGCCACCGCCGAUUUGCCACUUGCUCUUCUCUUAAAAAAAAUGGAUUUGCAAAGAACACAAGUUCAUCCAGGACCAAUUGAGAGAGACGUACUAGUUUUAGGAGUUGGUGAACAUCGUUGUGAUAAGGAUGUUGAAGUCCUUCUUGGUCUCCCCGUGGAUGGCACUCUUGUGAUUGGUUCGGUCGAAAGGUCAAAAGAGAAUUGGGUGCAAAUGUGUGAGGAUAUGAUGGGGUUUAGGCCUGAUUUGGAGGACGUUAGCAAGACACAAAUCAAAAUGAAUGCGAUUAAACUCAUUACAGUGGAUAACCAUAGCACUGAUAUGGACUUUAUGCAUCAUGCCCGGGCUCUCAUGCUGAAGGUUAUGGGAGGAGCUUUAUUUACGAGCACAACAGGUAAUAAGGCUUGGGAGCACAUUCCGAUGUGUAGACCACAUGUUCUAUUACACCCGGAUGCCAUCGUUGGAGCACCUUUCGGUGUCAGAUGGGUAUGCAAUCACCAUUGGAUACAUUCAUCCGCCCAUUCAAUUCGGGCAUACCGAGACCAGCUUGACAGGCUACAGGAGAAUGAGUUCAUUUGGGCGCCUUACCCGGGACUUCGCUAUUUACACGCACACUGUUAUGCCGGGUUUGAAGUAUGGUGCGCACGUGUUCCAUUGAUAUACACGUAUAUGGUGGAGAGGUAUUAUCCAGACACGUGUUCCAUUGAUAAUCUUGACGAAGUUGCGAAUCCAUACACACUUUUGCAAGUCGUGCAUGAGCGGGCUGUAGAGACCAUCCGAGAAGCUAGGUAUGGCCAGAUGCUUUCUCACCGAGUCCAGGUUCCAGCAUACGAGCCGGUGGUAGUGCCUCGAAGACCUGAUAGACGUCGAGACGCACCAGUGCGUGGCAGACCUCCUCGAAGGCAACGCCAAGAGAGACAAUCAGAUCAGGAGAUAGAGGAUGAUGAUACACCUACUAUCCUACAACCACCAUUCGGGGAUGAGACGUCCUCUUCACACGCUCCACCACCCAGAGUUCCGUCAGAUAUCCUAUUUGAAGACUUUUUUUCGCAGUUGACUCAAGAGAAUGAGAUACAAGAGCCUAUUGACCAAAGUCCAUUCUUGGGUCCUAAACUAUGGGAUGUGUCAACAGAUGUGGGUGGUCUGAGGGGUGGGGUGGGGUGAGGUAGGGUUAAAAAACAUGUGAUAAAUAUUUAAUUUAAUAAAAUGUGUGGUAACAAAACUAUAAUUAAAUGCAGUUUGUUUCU